AUGUCUUUACAACAAUAUUGGCAAACACAAAACUCUUUCUUCGAUUUAUCGGCUGGAUCGAUAAACAAACUUGGUUAUUGCAACUAUUUUACAGAUCCACAACAAGAGGAAUACGAUGGCGCCAAGCCACUUCGAAAACGUCGAGAUGAUACCAAUGAUAUUAUUAAUCAACUCUUCGAUGCAACAUUAGUACGACGACCAGGUCAACGUGAUGUCGUUCGCGUCGGUGGACGAAAGAACAAAAACGAAAUCUUAGGUUUAACAAAUGCUCGUCUUAUCAAAAACAUUCAUUUAAAUGGUGACAAAUAUUCACGUGACAUCGAACUUGUACGUGGUAUUCAAACAAGCGUGAACAAUGGCGAUUUUAUUCUUGUCCUUCGUACUGAUGGCCGCAUCGUCGCUAUGAGUGAUGAAGUUGAAAAUCAUUUAGGCAAGACAAUGCGUUCCUUGUACACUCAGUGCAUGAAUCUUUAUGAUUGUCUUGAUAAGGCUGACCGAGAAAAGUUACAUGAUGUUUUAGUUACAUCCGAUGACGUGGCAAAUAAGGAAUAUCAACUUGUUUGCACUUUUCGUUUACCCAAAGGUAAACGUCCAAGUCGAACGCGUGAAGACGUAAAGGCAAUUUCAAUGGCUGGCCAUUUCUAUUCAUGUCAUGAUGCAUGUUAUGAUCGUUUAUUUGUUGCUCGUUGUCAAGCUUUAGUUUCUCGUACAACAAACGAGACGAGUUCAUCGCAAACAACUUUGACGAAUACAUCAAUGAUGAAAAUAACUUUGAAUGACGAUAUGACUGUUAGUAUGGUCUCAUCAAACGUCAAAGAUGUUCUUGGUUAUGCACGAAAUGAAAUUAUCGGAAACUGGUUUGGUCGUUACUUAUCAUCAGAAGACUUGGAAAAGUUCGAAAACAUUCGGCAAUUACAUUUUCAAAACGAACAACAAGCACCAAAAAGUAUUUGCGAAUUAUUCGAUAUCUACGCAAAUCAUGGUGAAAGCCGACUGACCUUCUUAUGUCAAAUUCGACCAAUGCGUGAACGACGUGCAAAAUCAAUCAAAUAUGCCAUUGUUGCUCAACUAAUUGAUCCAUCAAUGCGAAACGAAUAUAUGAAUCGAACAAUUUCCCCGCCAAUGCCUAAGUCGAGCGAAGAUACACUCAUGGCCGAUAGCCCGUCGCUCUCCAUGGGUCUCCUCAUGUUCGACAAUGUCAACAAUAAUGAAUGUAGCCCACGACAACAACAACAACAACAACAGCCGUCGCCUAUCUCUCGAUCACUCUCAAACGUUGUUGCACCAUUCAUAUUCGACGAUGAAACUUCAGAAUUGUUCCAAUACCAAUACGGUCAAGAUUCAACAAUCAACGCACCUGUACACUACUGGCCAAGUAAAGUCAUCGAUGAUACAUUUAUCAAGUAUCAAUUUGAACAAGAACUAGCCAGUAUCGAUGCGCUCAUCAAUGAUUUCUAA